GCCAGCACGAUGGUGGCGGUCGGGCUGACCAUCGCGGCAGCCGGAUUUGCAGGUUCGUGGCUGGUGGGAGGACACUGAACGCUCGGUCGUGCUUGGCAGUGCCCGCUGCGGCGCUGGCGGCUCUCAAGAAAGCUUAUUCUGCAUCCUAAUCCAAAAGUUAGCACUUGCACUGGGUUGCUAUAUCUUCAUGAGAACUUGACUUGGCUCUGUUCAACACCGUUUUCUUCAAGGUCGCUAUGCGCUAAAAGCUAUGAAGCAAAUGGAGCCUCAAGUAAAACAGGCACUUCAGAAUCUACCAAAACCUACCUUCAGUGGUUAUUACCGAGGUGGAUUUGAACCCAAAAUGACUAAACGAGAAGCAGCUUUAAUACUAGGAGUGAGCCCUACAGCCAACAGAAGUAAAAUCAGAGAAGCUCAUAGACGUAUCAUGCUUCUGAAUCAUCCUGACAAAGGUGGUUCUCCAUAUGUAGCAGCCAAAAUCAAUGAAGCUAAAGAUUUACUGGAAGACCAAGCUAAAAAAUGAAUGAGGGAGAAAAUCAGAGGGUUUGUUGAUGCAAUUGAUUAUUUUUUUAUAAAUUGCUUAAGAAAAGUUCUAAUGUCAAUCUUUGACUUACUAUAAAUGAAGCUGGGAAUGUGAAUUCAGGGAGGUCCAUCCCUCCCUGCUCAGUCACUUUUUUGAGAAACACGUGAAGGAGUGAGGCUUAAAGGCUUUUUUGUAGCUGUUCUUUAUUAAGCAGCAAAAUCAGCCACUCUGCUAUUUUCAGUGUAAAGGAGCAGUGACAUGGUUUGGCCAGUGCAUGUUAUCAGAUACAGGUAGACUUAUGUGUUGCUACCUUAUUUUUGUUAAGCUAGAUGUGUUUAAAGUUCACGCUGCUGUUCUUUUACGCCAAAGUUAGCAGGAUGACCCAGGCUGGGGGAGGGGGUGGAAAAAUAUCAAGAGGAUUGAUUUGAUGGGAAGGAUUGGGACAGAUGUGUGGUUGUCUCUGAAGAAAUAAAGUGCAGGAAACGGCACACUCGGAUGUCUCUGCCUUGUGAAAAACAAUGUUGGUGGAGCUUCUUAAGUGUUACUGAUGGGUCCGGAAAGGCCCAGAUUUUUUAGUACCUUUCAGUUCUUAAUGGAUUUUAUAGCAUUUAAUAAAUUGCAAGUUUGUAAUACAA